AUGGCCUCUUACUUUGUCACCGGCAGCACGCGAGGAAUCGGACUAGCAAUAACUACUCUCCUCGCUUCCAAGCCCGAGUCCGAGGUAUCCAUCAUCUUCGCCGCUGCGCGGACUCAGAGGGAAGGUUUAAAGCAGCUAGCAGCCAACUCAGCUGGCCGCGUCGAAAUCGUGCCAAUCGACGCAACAUCCGAAGAGAGCGUGUCAAAAGCUGCCGAACAAGUGGAAUGGUCUCUCGGAAGCAAGGGUCUAGAUGUUCUCAUCAACUGUGUGGGAAUUAUGCCUCAAACUCCUGGUGGGAUUGAGACGAUGACGGACCUCGAAAUGACAUUCAAGACCAACGUACUGAGUUCUCACCUUGUCACAAGAGCAUUCAUCCCAUUGCUGAAAAAGGGGCACCAGAAGAAGGUCAUCAAUAUAUCCUCAACUUUAGGCUCUAUUACACUCGCAUCAAAAUUCCAACUAUUCCCCGUCCCAGCCUACAAGGUAUCCAAAGCUGCUCUCAACAUGCUCACGGUGCAAUAUGCCCUAGCCCUGGAGGAUGAGGGGUUCACAGUUUUCACAAUUUCUCCUGGGUGGGUGCAAACCGACCUGGGCGGUGCUGGGGCCGAUUUAACCCCUAAUCAAGGCUGCGAGUUGUCUUAUGGAUAAAGUAUUCAAUUCUACGAAAGAGGAUAAUGGGAAGUUCUUCAACAACCGUGUGCCUGGUUGGGAGAAUGCGCCCCGCGAUCAGUAUAAUGGUGCUGAGCCACCAUGGUGAGCUGGUGCCCAGGUUCUGUCUUCCAAGAGAUUUGUGUAGCGACAAGGAUUUAAUAUGGGUACAAUUGUAUCUUUAUGGAUAAGGCAGACCAAAAAAUAGAGAUAUUUAAUUCGUG